UCCUGCUCAUCAUGGUGAGACAUUUGCAGAGCAUCUCUUCGCAAUUCAGCUUCAUUUCGAUGGUGGAGCUUCCAUAAGAUUUGAAUAUCAUUAUCGCUGUUUUGCCAUUAUCACUGCAACUCCUACAACUCCUUAUUUAUUUCGUUUAAGGCAAAAGACGUGACAACAAAGAAAUCCGCUUGAAAUUCAUGUUCGAUCAGACCACUAGCAUGGGCGAUGGAGUCGCCGAGGAAAGAAGCCACUUCUGUGAAUGUAAGACCAUUUGCUCGGACAGAGCGCAUGACAAUAGGAGUCACACCGAACUGGAGAGCCGAUGUUCCGAACAGGGACUCGGAAACCCCGCGGGGACUUCCGUGUCUACAGCGACAAAGUCCAAAGAGGAUGAGCACGACAAACUUUCUGGUGUUGACCCGGACUACUGCAGGAGGAUAUUAGUGAGAGAUGCCAAAGGCACUAUAAGAGAGAUUGUUCUUCCGAAGGGUCUGGAUCUGGACCGGCCUAAGAGAACUCGGACGUCAUUUACUGCUGAGCAACUGUACCGAUUGGAGGUGGAAUUCCAGCGCUGCCAGUACGUAGUUGGACGGGAGCGGACAGAGCUGGCACGGCAGCUGAACCUCUCUGAGACCCAGGUAAAGGUAUGGUUCCAGAACCGACGGACAAAACAGAAAAAGGACCAGACAAAAGAUUCAGACAAGCACUCCUCCUCUUCCUCCGAGUCGCUAGCUACUUGUAACAUCUUGAGGCUUCUGGAGCAGGGGCGCCUAUUAUCGGUGCCCGUACCACCAAGUCCAUUGCUGACAACUGUAUCUAGCAACAUGGCUGCUUCCUCAAGCAAUGGCUCAGGUCUGGGUACACCUGACAGCACUUCCCCUGGAAUCAGUAGCACACCACCUGGUGGAAAUACAUUUGGGUUAGCAAUGCCUGCACUUGGGCCCUCUUCCUCUCCAAGGCUAGGAGCCCCCACGCUUUGCCUUGGAGGUCCCAUUUUGGGCAGCAUGCAUGAACUGCCAUCAAGUUACAGCAGUGGGUCAUCUGCCUUUGAGCCUUACACUCGGAUAGAGAGGAAAGACGCAGAGUGCUGUGACAAAAAGAUAACCUUAUAGACUGCAUUUUUCGUGGACAGUAAAGGACUAGGUGUACAUGCUCCUUCAAUACCACCAAAGUGAGCAAAGGUGGAAAUUUGGGUUAGGUUAUCUCCACAGUGGAUCUAAUAUCAUGGUAAAAUAAUAGCAUAAUGUGCCGAGAAUGUAGUACCUAAAAAGGAUUCAACUUUGCAAUAAACAUAGCCUAAAUCAAGGUAGAUUACUUCUUCAAUAGGAAUACCCAGAAAUCAUUUGAUGACCAACUCAACAAUGAGUAAUGGUUAUUAUUGGAUAGUGAAUAAGCAGAGUCUGUAAUCUGAGAUGUUAGCCCUGCAAUGGAAAAAGUUAAUUGUGAGGCACAGAAGUUGCACAGUAAGCAAGAUGAGAAAUCCACAUAGUCUAUUAGUAUGAUGAACAGAAAACAGUGAAAAAAUGGUGAUUUAAUAUUGCACUUAACAUGGCAAUUAGUUGUGAUCUAAAAUCUGAAUAGGUCACAACUAUGUUGAGCAUGCUAUGAUUUUGCGGUGGACAUCACAGCAGAUGCCUAGAGCUUAAAAUUAGAAUAACCUAAGACCAUAAUGAGCAUCUAAACUCUAACUAGCCUAACAGCAUAAUGAAUAAAGCCUAUAAAAUGGUACAGCUCAGUAUCAUGAUGAAGAGAGCCUUAAAACAGACAUAAAGAGAUUUAGGCCAGGGUACAAUUAUCAAAAAAAUAAAAAAUUAAUUAACUUUGUAAUGGUCAAAAAGCCAUAAAUGAAAUGGAGUAACACGGUAUCAGUUGUUUUGUAAUAUUAAUAUAAAAUAUGCUUUAUUGACACAGUAUUGUUACUUUUUGAUAUAAUUGCAGAAACAUAACAAGUGACUGUUAUCAUGGAAGAGCUAUCUAGUAAACAGAAGCAGACAGUUAAAAAAAGAAACUCUGGAAACUGGAUACAAGAUACAACAACAUGUGGGUUAAAUCCUCACAUCAGUAUCAUUUAACACUAUUUUAAUAGUGUGCACAUUUAUUUAGUCACAAAGAAAACAACCUAGAGCUCUGAGUCUAAUAGAAAAAUAGAUUAAGAACAUUGAGCAGAUUUCAACCAAUAAUAUACAGUAGCAUACAGGUACAUGCAGUAUUAUGUUCUAACAAAGAUGUGCAGUAUGUGUUUUGUGCAAUUAGGAAUACAUCAUGCAGGAACAAUACAAUAGAAAGAAAGCAUAAAAAACAGAAACAAAUGUAGAGACAGAUACAUAGCAUGAGGAGAAGACAAGUGGAAAGAGAUCAACACAACAAGGAGCAGAACGCAAUGUGAAGAAACGCCCAAAGCAAUAACAAAAGACUAACAACUUAAGGAGCAGAUAUCAAUGUUGCGACCAACAGCAUAAGAAUGAGAAGUUCAUAUGAAGAUAAAAGAAUAACAAGAAGAAAACUCAAUGAUAAGCUGUGAUGUACAGUACAUGUGAUAUCACUACGACUGGAAGAAUAUUGUCAGAGGUGAAAAAAAUAAUCUUCUAGUGGGCAAAUGGAUAAACUAGUUAAAGUGUCAGCAUUGUGAUAUGAAUGUAAAAUUUUGAGCAUGAUAACGAGAGCCUACUAUGGAGACAGACCAAUGCCAAGUUAAGCUAUACACAAUAGAUAGACAUAUUCCAUUCCAAGUAUAACUAGAUUUGGGGGGAGGGAGAGCAAAAGAAGCAAACACUAAGAUUUGCAAAACCUGCUGCAGUGCAGGGAAUAACCAAUCCUAUGAUGAGCUAAACCAAAUAUGAAAAUACUGUAUAUCUACAUUUGGAGGAAUUCAGGACAAUGUGAAGCAGGAUCUGAUAAGCAGAGAGUGACUGACAAUAAAAUGAAUAGACUCAAGUAACAAAAAUGUUUAACACCAUAAGGUUUAAAACAUUGUCAGAAAGUCCAGCAGAAAGGAAGGUAGAACCUCAUACAGAAGCUAUAUUCAAUAUUCAGGUUAAUGUCUUGCAGAUAUAGAUAUGAAGUAAUAGAAAAGUAAUUAAACAACUCCAUGAUCACUACAAGCUUAUAUGGACAUAGGCGAGAUUACAAGAAAAGGAAAAACAACAUAAUAUGGUGCAAUUGGCUUUAAUAAUGACCAGAGCAUAAUAUGUUCAUUAAUCAACACUAAGAUCUUAAUACUAGGAAAAGGUAUACCAUGAUCAGCCUAGGCUUGCAAGAGAAUUUAUGUGCAUCACAAUAAAUUGAUGUGGAAUUAAAUAAUAAUAAUAGUAGCAAAUCCAUAAAAUGAGUAUCAUCCAACAUCGUCAUACUCACAUCAUAUCAUAUUUAUUUAUUUAUUAGGUACACUUACCCAUCCUACUGCACAAUCAAAUUUAGCAUCAUCUGUGCACAGAAACUUAAGAAUUAGUGGCUUUACAGAAAAUAUGGCAAUGAAGUGAUUGCCAAAUAUAAUGACAUAAGUGUAUCAGAAACAGCAAUCAGUGAAACAACAAAACUGCCAGUUUUAGUGUAUGGAAAACCAGCCACUGCACAAAUGACAUAUAGCAAACAGUGGUCCUGUAGCUUUAAAAAGACCAUUGAUAAACACAUUAGCACAGGUACCAGUCAGUCAACUAACAGCGUAUUAUAACUUAUGUGUUGAAUCUUGAGUCCUGCUGGUCUGAGAUAGAGCGAAAUCUCAAUGAUCUAUGGAUCCAUCUUCUUGCUUGUCAACAGUAUAACAUUGUGACGGAAGAUUAAUAUUGUGGAGAUUGUUUUUAGGGUACUGUACAUCUCAAAUCCAGUGAUACACACAGAACAGCAGUUAAAUUCCACAUGAUGAUUUGAAGAUCAUGAACAAUUAGAUCCAUCCUUCAUGGCAGCAUUGUACCCAUUGGUAAAUGGGUUUUUCCAGCCUGAUAACUCUUAAUUUCAUAGAAAUAGUUAAAUCCUGGAAAUGUUACAAGAAGAUGGAAGAAUGUUCAUAUUAAAGCACUGUCUAUUCAGUCAGCAGAUCUCAAUCUGCAUGAGUAUCUGAGAGAUACAGUUAAUGUGAGCAAGAACUUUGCCACACACAGUCCACCUCAAGGAGUGCAAUCUGGCAAAUGGGGCAAUCAACUUGCUAUUGUGUAAUUUUACCUAAUAAAGUCAGAUUAAGUGUAAAUCAUAGACCAGCACACUGACUACAAGAUGCUUCUGUGCUGAAGGAAAAUGACAGAGAGAAGAUCCCUACAGCAGCAUACAGAAACCCAUGAAUGAUAGAGGCGGAUGUCUUGAUUGUGUGCUGGAUUAUAGAAUUACUAAAAUAUAACAGUAUGUCUGUCUGUGAUUUACACUUAAACUUUGAGUUGAUUUCUUGUAAGCUUCUCGGGGCAGUGUCAGGUAGAAGCCUUGUUAUUCCAAACAAGGGAGUAACUUUUCUUUUGUUGAUGGCUUAUAAUGUUCAAAUGUGUGAAUUUCUUCACAUGUUGUGUUACAAUUUUUUUUUUUAAAGCUGACUUCACUGGUUGAGCUUAAACCUCUCGCUAAGAAUGAGGACUCUUGCUGUCUACAGAUGCUAACAUUUUACUUUACCUGCAGUUUGACUGCUCUUCUCUUUUUUUCUAGUGUCAUACCAAAGGACAGGCUUCUAAAAAAACUUGGGUCAUGUUGAACAUCCAAAUUUACAAAUUCUUUUCACAUUGUGUCUGUAGUUACCAUAGCUCACCACCUAAACUGAAAUUUAUUGAAUCAUAGUUUUUCAAGAAAAUCAAUAACUGUAUGCCAUCCACCAUUAAGCAGUAAAUGCCUUCUGCUUUAAAGCACUUUAAUUAAAAUUAACUAUACUAAUAACAGUAAUGGGUUUAAAAAUGUUGUGUACAUUGUACUGAGUGGCAGGCUGCACUGGUGUGGUUUCCUGGUAAUUCACAGUUUAAAAACAAAAUUAAAUCUCUCAGGUUAGUUAUAGGGUCACAAUUAUGACUAAUUAUUAUAAUUUACAAAAAUUCUUGUGUGACUUUGCUAAAAACAGUAACACCAGCUUUCUCUGUGUGGGUUUGUCACAUUUAUUUAAAGUACAAAAAAGAAGGAGUACCUUUUUUACAGUUGCAAGGGUAAUUUAAUAAUUUAAUAUGUCUACGGUAGUGUGUGUUAAGAGUGACACAGUAAUGGGCCAGCAAUAGGCAAUUAAACCUCAUGCUAUCCUCCAUCUAAGGAAGAUCCAAAUGCAUUGCCCUAAUGCAUCUGAGUUAGCUUGGGUGAAACAGAGAGCUAGCAUGGCCUAGUGGGUAAGGAAGCGGACAAUCGACUACAAAGUUGCAAGUUCAUUGCCUGCCUCUGAUUCACCGUUUCACCAUAAGCUAGUCCUUUAACCUGCCUGUUCUCUAUUUGUAAAAAAAAAAAAUCUCUAUAGAAGAUUUCGCUAUACAGUAGUUUGUACUUGUAAAGCCCUCUAGGAUGCUGCUCCUUAUAAAAUAAAAGUUUGUUUUUUUUAAUAUUUAACCUGUUACUGUGGCACUCUGUUUAUUCUUUCUGUGUAUACAGUUAUGGUCUGAAGUUCUCUCAUUUUGUCUACAUAACUAGUAAAGACUGCAUGUAUUAGUUCUUAGGCAAAGUAUCUUUUAGACCUGCAGACAGCUAGUAUUUGUUCUGCUAAACUCCAACACGCAAUUUGCACUCAUCAACUCAUUUUCUGAGCGUGCUUAUGCCAUUAAGGAGUCAUGGUAGGUUUGUAGCCUAUCCCAGAAGCGUUUUCCACAAGAACACACAAACUCUUUGAUUCAGACAGAAUUUGGACCCAGGUUCCUAGAGCUAUGAAUCAGCAGUGCUAUUCACUUCAUUAUAGUGCUUUCCCAUAACUAAUUUCUUUCAAUUGAAUAUUUAGCAGAUUUGAAGACAGAAAGAAUGAAACAGGACACUUUCACUGCCUUGUCACUUGUAAUAUCUUGAUACUGCUGUACAUUCAUACUACAGAUAGACACAAAUUUUCAAUCUAACUAUCCUUCUGUUCCAAAACCAAUUCAAGCUCAAAUCCAACCAUUGCCCUUUACGUCUGGCAUGUUAUACUGGUCAACAGACAUAAUGUAUAUAAUCUGGCUUAUCUCUCUAUGUAGUCAAAUAAUGUAUGUUUGGAAUGUGUCUCUGAAGAAUGAAACAGAAAGAAUUUUGAUAAAGACAUCUAAGAAGAACAAAUGAAAUAAAGCAGUAAUUUUAACAUCCAUGUAAUAACAUUUUGUAAAAGUGGAUUACUGAAAGCAUAAAGUAAAACGAUGUAGUUCCUUUCUUUCAUUUACAAAUUUACAAAUUAUAGGAAUCAUCAAGAUAAGACCCA